UUUAAAGGGGUACGGAUACGUGUGUUCUAGUUGCAAGGGGCUGGAUGCAAUAUUGACGUAUUAAAUCACACGCUGUUGCACGGGUUUGCAUUGCUUACAUUCUUGUCGCUGCUCUCAAGGGGUCGUCAAAUUGUCGUAUCUCCUCACGCUUGAAUCGGAAAUUAGUUGCCUGCCACCGAGAGCCGGUCAUAGAAAAGGCUGUGUACAGCAGUUUGGCUGAUCUGCCUAUAGUAUAACAUAUUGGUGUCCACUGUAAUGUACUCGUGUAUAUAGGUUGUUGUGAACGCCAUGGUGUAAUCACCGUCAAAACAGCGCUCGUUCGUUACAAAUUCAUGUACUUUGGCCGUGGAAAUUCAGCGGCUAGUUGCUAGCGUACAAUGAACGAGUGUCCGAAUACAUCGAAAACAGAAGAAGCCAGACACACGAGUCCUAUAACGAGCAGAAGUGAGUCGGAUGAACUGAGCGAUUGCAGCAGCGAACAAGACAGCAGGCUAUCCGUCACUGUUGAACAUAGUGGAGAUACCAGCUCGGAGCAGAAUGUAGAGAACGAUGACGAUCGCCAAGUGACAGAGAAAAAAGGGGACGGGGAAAGCGAGAAAAAGAAACACCGUCAGUCUCCGUCGCACAAAAAGCAGAAGGCAAGCGUCUUGAAUCAAAAUAAGCCUCGAAAUAAUAACUAUAUUCCUCGCAGUCGUUAUCAAGCUCAGCCAAACCACUAUCCAAGAUAUCAACAGCCUUGGCCUAUUAACUAUGGUUAUCAGACUGCGAACUAUUACCCAGCCUACCAACAGCCAAGCUAUAUGAGCCCUCCGGCAGUGAAUGGCGGUAUGAACGGCGCCCGAAGGUCAAGUAGCGACAGCUCGACAGGUUCAACAGAGAAACUCAGUAAAACUAAUUUGUAUAUACGAGGAUUAAAAGCGUCCACGACAGAUGAGGAUUUGGUCAUGUUAUGUAAAGAUUAUGGAACAAUAAUAUCUACUAAAGCAAUAUUACACAAAGACUCAAACCUGUGCUACGGGUUUGUGGACUUUGAACAUCCACAUUCUGCACAAACAGCAGUCGCUGCGUUAACGGCCAAAGGAAUUCAAGCACAGAUGGCUAAGCAACAAGAACAAGAUCCUACUAAUUUAUAUUUUCAAAAUCUUCCUUAUCAUUUUGAUGAAACUAUUCUCGAGAAAAUGCUUUCACCUUACGGAACAGUAAUAUCGACUAGAAUACUUAGAGAUACAAAUUCCUAUAGCAAAGGAGUUGGUUUUGCAAGAAUGGAAACUAAAGAAAUAUGUGAAAAAAUUAUUAUGAAGCAUAAUGGAACCUAUUUAAAAGGCUCACAAGAUGCCUUACUUGUAAAAUUCGCCGACGGUGGCCCAAAGAAAGCCAAGCAGUCUCCAGAUAGAGGCUGGCGUGGACCAUUAAAGGAGCCGCCAAAGAUGACAUAUGACAUUCAAACUAUGAAUGGGCGAAUCAAUAUGGCGGUGCCAACAUCUGUCCCAACUACCCAUUCAUCUUUAGCAGCGGGUAGCUUUCCUCAAGGCUCGACAACUGGCUUGCAAGCAACCUAUCAGCAGUAUGCUGCUUGGCAAGGCGGUUGCAUUACCAGUCCGGCGUACCUUCCUCUUCAAACACCUGUACAGAGUCAACUUCCGCUCAGCCCAACAGGAAGUGUUGAACAAGGAAUGCACCCAAAUAGCGUACAACAAAUGACUAACCAGCUUCAUCACAUGCAUGUGUCAGGAAAUCCGUUUAUCGCUGGUACAUUGUCAACUGGAUAUCCAUCUCAACAAGCAUGGCACCAUAUGUUGCAGAAUGCACAGUCACACCAUUUGGUUCAAGUACCAUUAGAGGAACUUGCCUUGAGUAGUGAUGGUAAUGAGUCUGCAGUACACGGGCAGACGGUUCAGGCUGUUUCACCUGGACAAUCUCCAAUCCAUGUGCAAGCGACAAAUCUCGCACAAUUAGAUGCUGUAGUAAUGGAUGAAUCACGAGCUGCCAGUUAUCCGACUGUUGUCGCGUAUCAAAGAUCAUGAAAAAGAAAUGGAUGUGGCCAUCGAUUUAUGUCAAUGGAAUAUCUGGUUGGUUGCAUGAAUGAUAAUUGAUUUGAUGUCUCGAAAAAGAAGCCAUGCCUCACAAUCUGUUUGAGAGUAAGAUUGAUGUUCCACCAUGAACCAUGGUAUCAUUGUGGCAUUUGUAAUUGGAGAGCGCAGUUUGAAUAAAGGAAGUAUCUGUGUUCCUGCUGUGCAGGAAGGGGAUUGUAGGUAAUUUAUUUUAGUUCAUAGGUUCAAACUGUCCUCUGCGAAAAGAGAAGCUUUUUGUCUUUUUCAGUGGGUUUACAUGUUGGUAGAAAUUAUUAAUUUGUUUUAGUGGAUGCACCACCGGAGAAUGUAUUUUUUCCCGAAGAACUUAUUUCGCCCAUAAAAUGGGGUCAAACGCCUUUUUUGACGAUAAAUAUUUCCGAUGUGGGAGUCAAUGGAAACUUAACGAAUUUGCCUAAGUGCACUCAAAACAAUAGCCUGAAAUCGAGGCGGGCAAUAUGAUCUAUUGUUAAUUGGGCAGUUUUCAUUGCAAGAGAAUAAUUUCGGAUGAUGUCUGUUGAGAUUGGAAAGCCACCGCGAAUUAUUAGGUGCGUUAAUAUAAUCUCACUGCAAUCGCUACGGUUAUAAGUCAAAUCAGUGUGUCAAGUUCUGUGAUAAAAUUCCAAUUAUGUCUUGCUUGGUGUGUAUUUUAUUGCCGGGGAAAAUGUUCUUUUGUAAUUUUAGGAUAGAUUUUAUAUUUUUGGAUUUAUUGAAGCAAACUAUUCCUGUUGAUGUUUAAGCUUUCUAGUUUCCAUUUGGUCGUUGCCUCUCGCUAUCCAACGAUUUGUCUUGCCUCUUGUGUGGUGUAUGAAAACCACUCUUCACUGAUCGUAAAGACUGUGAUUACACUGUUUUACAUGGUAGCGACAAGCGACUGCCAAAUGGAAGCAGGCUCCAGCGGUAUAGGUGGCCAGCAAUGGAGUAUUCUGUACUUGGUUAGAAUGUAAAUAUUGUUAUUUAAAUGUCUCACACAAAUUAGAGUUUUUCUUCUUCCCGAUCACGUGCACGCCCGCUUCAACACGGCUAAUAGACCUUUCUUAUAAUGACGUCAAACGCGGAAAGUCUGAUGUUACACGAAAUUUAAUUGGCU